AUGUUCGGUGUUUUCGAGCUUUGUAGUAUCGGAAUGUUGCUCAUCAUAUCGUCCAGGACUACAAAUGCUCAAGCAAACUGUACCAGUGCACCUACAGAGGCGAUUCAAAUCAUGUGCCAAGAGAUUACACAAUGGGCUAUGAUCUCCAGAAACGUCCCCUCUAAGACAAGGACACAUGAGGAGUCACCGAUUCCGACCGGGCUGUUUGGUCAGCAAUCCGUGGGCCCAGCUGCUAGAAAUGCGUACGAAUGCAUGGAUAUUGCAUGCUCCAACUGUGUGCUAGCAAGUGGACGUCGGCUAAGAAGAGCCACUCGCAAGGAAUACCGUGUGCUGACGGAUGAUGAGAGACAACGUUAUCAUGCAGCAAUGUGGACGAUAAAACGUAAUGGUGACUAUGACGCAUUAUCUCGGAUCCAUUCGCAGUUCUUCACUUCUCCUGGCGCUCACUCAGGCCCAGCAUUCCUUCCAUGGCAUCGUGAACUUAUCAAGAGGUUAGAAAUCGCUUUACGCCGAGUUGAUCCUAGUGUGGCACUACCGUAUUGGGAUUCGACACUUGAUGAACGUCUACCAAAUCCACGAGAUUCGUCCUUGUGGAGUGACGAGCUGAUGGGCACACAUGGUGCAGACGGUGCUGUACGCACAGGAGCAUUCCGCAACUGGCUAGCUGUAGAUGGUCGCCGAGUAUUCAAGAGAAGUAUUGGGAGGGUGGGUAAUUUGAUGACGGAUCGUGAAAUCGCGACCGUCGUCGGUACCAGCGACUAUCGACAAGUUCUCGCUUCAACUGCUCCACAACGGGGAUGUCGCUAUCCGGCUAACUGGGCAGCACUGGAGUAUGUGCAUGGUGAUAUGCUGGUUACCACAUCGUCCACUAAUGAUCCACUGUUCUUCAAUCAUCACUCGAUGAUUGAUCUCAUAUGGGAAAUGUGGCGUGUUUCUCGACAAACUCGAACUCAAAGAGAAAAACAGUAUCCAAGUGAUAAUUCCUUAUGCAAUAGUCGUGCUCAUUUCGCAAACACCAUCAUGGCUCCAUUCUCUCCGAUGGUGAAUUUGGACGGACUGUCUAACCAAUAUACCGGUUAG